CGGCCGCUCCCGCCCGCUCGUCCCGGCCCCGCGCUCCGCCGCCGCCCGGCAGCCCCGGAGACCGCGCCGCCUCCCGCACCCGGCCCCCUCCCUUGCCAGGCCGGGUCGGCCAGUCCCGGCACCCACCAUGCGGGGCGAGCUCUGGCUCCUGGUGCUGGUGCUCAGGGAGGCUGCCCGGGCGCUGAGCCCCCGGCCCGCAGCAGAUCAGGAUGCAGGCCGAGGCUCCGGAUGGGCUGUCAAGGGGACCACGCAGGGCUGGCGGCGGAAAGCCCGGGAGAGCCCUGGGCAGAUGUUGGAGCCAAACAGGACUCAGCUGAGCCAGGACCUGGGCGGGGGCAGCCAGGCCAUCGACACACUGCUGGGCAAUGGGACCACGGUGGUGGAGGACAACCACAGCUACUAUGUGUCCCGCCUGUAUGGCCCCAGCGAGCCCCGCAGCCGGCAGCUGUGGGUGGACGUGGCCAAGGCCAACCGGAGCCAAGUGAAGGUCCACAGGAUCCUGUCCAACACCCACCGGCAGGCGUCGAGAGUGGUCUUGUCCUUUGAUUUCCCUUUCUACGGGCAUCCUCUGCGGCAGAUCACCAUAGCAACCGGAGGCUUCAUCUUCAUGGGUGACGUGAUCCACCGGAUGCUCACAGCUACUCAGUACGUGGCGCCUCUGAUGGCCAACUUCAACCCUGGCUACUCCGACAAUUCCACGGUUGCUUACUUUGACAAUGGGACGGUCUUUGUUGUUCAGUGGGACCGCGUUUACCUCCAAGGCCGGGAGGACAGGGGCAGCUUCACCUUCCAGGCAGCUCUGCACCAGGAUGGCCGCAUUGUCUUUGGCUACAAAGAGAUCCCUAUGUCCAUCCUGGAAAUCAGCACCUCCCAGCACCCGGUCAAAGCUGGCCUGUCUGACGCCUUCAUGGUCCUCAAUCCAUCCCCAGACGUGCCAGAAUCUCGGCGAAGGACCAUCUUCGAAUACCACCGCGUGGCCCUGGACCCCAGCAAGGUCACCAGCUCUUCAGCCGUGGAGUUCAUGCCACUGCCCACAUGCCUGCAGCAUCAGAGCUGCGACACCUGCGUGUCCUCGGAGCUGACCUUCGACUGCAGCUGGUGCCAUGUCCUCCAGAGAUGCUCCAGUGGCUUUGACCGCUAUCGCCAGGAAUGGCUGACCUAUGGCUGUGGCCAGGAGGCCGAGGGCAGGACGUGCGAGGACUUCCAGGACGGGGAGCACUCCUCAUCCUCCCCCGAGGGCUCCCUCAGCCCCUUUGGCGGAGACCUCACCACCACCUCCUCCUCCCUUGUCAUCGACGGUCUCACCACGGAAGAUGACACCAAGUUGAAUCCCUAUGCAGAAGGAGAUGGCCUUCAGAACAACCUGUCCCCCAAGACGCCGGGCCCCCCGCUGCACCUGGGCACCAUCGUGGGCAUUGUGCUGGCAGUCCUCCUUGUGGCCGCCAUCAUCCUGGCUGGGAUUUACAUCAACAGCCACCCCACCUCCAAUGCUGCGCUCUUCUUCAUCGAGCGGAGACCUCACCACUGGCCAGCCAUGAAGUUCCACAACCACCCAAACCACUCCACCUACACUGAAGUGGAGCCCUCGGGCCACGAGAAGGAGGGCUUCGUGGAGGCUGAGCAGUGCUGAGAGCCACCAGCUCUCCCCUUUGAAGGGUAGGAAAGAAGACCCAGGGACCCCAAAAGACGAAUCAAAGCAAAGCAGAGAAGCAACUUUUCUUGGCUUCCUCGGACAGAACCCUGGGCUGGGAUGAUGAGACAGAACAAAUUGGUCAUCACACCCCAUAUAAUGAAGCAGUAGAGAGAAAAGCAACCACAGUGAUUAUUUUAAGGAACAAUAAGUUAAUCUCAUCCUCUUUUGGUGCGGAACGUCUCCCUUCAUGGGCCUUUCCAUGGUCCGUUCUGUAGCUGUCCCCAGGAGAUGGUGAGACACCACCCUGUUCCUGUUGCCUAAAGCCCCUGUAGAUGGUAUAAGAUCAUUACAAUCUGCAUCAGGGCUGCAGAGUUCCAGGGUCUGUAAACUCCUGAGCUGGUCCUCAUGGCUAUGGAUUGAGUGUAUUUAGCCCCAGCUUCUGUGGCUCUGAAAGUUUGAAGAAGGGGUCCUUGCCGACUGCUCAGCACAGGUGUAGCACUGUCAGCCCUGGCAUCAAGCCUCAGAGCAGCAGGAAAGCCAGAGGAAAGCCAAAUGAGAGGGGAGAAAAAGAACUUGUGGGGACACUUGUGUCUUCAGGCUUUGCUCACCUCCUCACCUGCCCUUUCUGCUGAGAACCGGUACGUCUGCAUGUAACACAUGUACACGUCUGUGUUUGGGCUUCACCCCCACCUGCAGCCCCACCUCUGCUUGGCCAGCCGUGCUGUGCACGGCCCCCCCGAGAUCAGCAACCCCCACCCCAAGUCCGAGGCAUUGUCUUCACGGUAUGUGCCCAUUUACUCCCCUGCCUGGCCAGUUAUCAGUGCCAGGAGGCUCUCCAAAGGCAGGGCUUGUAAAGAUAGAGUGGCUGGAUGGCUCGCUGAAACAUGCCCACCAGGGAACUUCAGUUGGAUUCUGCUGAGACGCAAAGCUGCCAGAAUGGCCAGGACAGAGGAAGCUGGCGCAGGAGUAUCAGUUAGCAGGGACUCGCCGCCUCUUCUGCGAGGACUUCCGACGCAAGACCUGGGCCUGGAAGGCUGCUGCCAUCUCCCCAGCUCAGCAAGAAGUUUUGGGGGCAGGGAGCUGAGGCUCCCAAAUUAAACCUGAUUUUAAGGGAGUUCUGCCCCAGUGAGAAGUAUGGGCUGAUUUUGAAGAACAUUUAAAAUUAAAAUCUAUAGCUCACUGUCACGCAAAGUAAAAAAUAUCAACAGAAAAUAAAUGUUAAAUCAUGAAGUC